AUACUAUCUUGGUCAGCCACCACCACGAGACACUACCCUGGUCAGCCACCAUCAGGAGAUACUACCUUGGUCAGCCAUCACCACGAGACACUACCCUGGUCAGCCACCACCACGAGACACUACCUUGGUCAGCCACCACCACGAGGGUGUGCACGAACGGGUCACCUCUCACGUCUUCUGCUGCGCCACAUCAGCACACCUGAUGGAGAAAAAUUAGCAUACCAUUAAACCUUCGUUCUCACUUUGACUCCCGAAGUUCUUUGGUGACAGUGUAGUUGGGGUCCUUACAACUGUUGGCAGUAGUGUAGCUGGGACCCUAGAGACAACUCGUUUAGUGUAAUUUUGAUCCCCGAAGUGCGUUUGGGACCACCGAAGCUCCUGAUUGCCCCACAUAUAAUAAACUUCGGGUGAGUGGGGCCCAACAUGCUCCUAGAGAUAAGGAACACCCAAGACUAUUAAAAAGAAAACCUUUGCCGUUCAGGAUGAUGGCGAAGUCGCAAGCCAGUAUGGCCACGAUGAGAGCUACGGCGGUGGUGACCAUCUUCCUUCUGCAGUCAUUCUUGCAAGAAAUCAAGGCCGAUGACCCAAACAGUGCCAGCACUUCCCCGCCAGAAAAGAAAGACCCGCCACUCUUUAGCUCCGAGCAGGGCUUCGAAGGGAAGCUUAUUGUGUCCAGGGACAGCCCUUACUAAUGGAAGACUGCAAUGGGCCCCGUCUGCGUCUACAACCAAACGGACCAGGUGGUGGUGGUACCAGCUGGCUUACGUCUCUCCUCGGGUCAGCUGGAGGUAGAGGUGCACGAGGCUAAAACUCUUCAUGUCUACCCUACUUGUGUAUCAUGGAUACAAGUGUUCAGUGCCGGCCUCGUCAACACUCUCCCGUCACAAGAGGCUCCAGACUGUCGAACUUGGCUCAGAGUUUACAACUCCAAAGUGGACACUGUAGCCUAUGGCGUCAAGGACCUGACCCUCGUCGAUACUCAGGUCAACACCAUUAAUCUUGUCGACCAACGGGAUUUCAUGGCCAUCAAUUCGACAAUCAAGUCAGUAGAGGCUCUGGAAUGGGAAGGCUACCGUGGGACAAUCCUCAAUACCUCUAUCCAGCGUGUGAGUCACAUCGUGGCCAAAGACAGCUGGUACAUUCUGGAGAGCCAUUUGGGCUUCGUUACCACUGAAGGGAUGACAUUUCAUGCUCGCGAAAUGUCCGUUAUCAACACGACCAUCUUACAUGUAGCGCCACAAGGCCUGACGAUCGACAUCGGUGCCGUGUCCUUCACUAAUGUAACCAUAGACUUCCUGGAGAUGAACGCCAUUGUCAUGACAACGCCAAUGGGAUUCCUGGCGUUGAACAAUGUAACUAUUAUGUCGGCUUUCGCUCCGUGUAUUGUCCUUCCUGAUAAAGAGAAGAUCUCCCUUACUAACGUGACGAUCAAGGGUGUUCCACUCAACUACACCUCUCCGUAUCUCAAGUUUCGGGACGACGAAAAGCUGUCUAGUUCCUUACCCAUGCAAAUAGAGUCUUUGAAUGACUUGUGUUCCAGCAGCAGCACCACCCUCAGCUGCGACCUUAACAACGUUAAUGAGACGGUGGUUGUGCAUGGUGACAGUAUCAAGCCAUACCGAGUGUUGAACAUACGCAAUGCAAGGGACGUGCGGAUACUGUCUCUCAAUUGUGGCACGGAACUGCAGUUGCAGUGGUCUUCUGCCUUUCUUCCCCACAUUCUCCCCAUUACUAGUGGGGAUUCCAAGCCCCCAUGCACCAUCGCCGUCAGCGCAUGGCAUUCCAAACUGGAAGUGGUGUCAGUAGCGCACAUCGACACCAUGAAUAUAUCUCACAGUACAGUCAGUAGGCUUCACGGAGGCCAACUGCAGAACCUGGUACUUGUCAAUUCCACGGUGGAGGAGUUGGACGGGUUGCUGCUCUCAGGAGACGGAGCCUCGUGGCAAGACGUCUCCAUUGGUUCCCUCUUCAACAUCACCAUUGUCUCUCCCAUCUCUGCCAGCAAAGUCCGUCUGCGAGAGAAGGUUAGUGGUGGCUCUGUAACCGUGGAUCACCCCAACAAAACUAGCGUCUUACAGCAGUUGAAAGCAUCGAGGCUCGAGCGAAGGAGCUUCGUGGUACGCAACGGUAGCAAACUCAUCGUCAGUGACAUCUUGGGAAUCAUGGCAGCCAAGGACUCCAUCGUCUUGGAAGAAGGUGCUACUCUCAACGUGAUCAGGGGCAAGUUUCUCCUGCCGUCUUACGGUAUCGUUUCCGCCACCUCCUUAAAUCAGGUAACUGCAGAAGAAAUUAGCCUCUCUGACAUCGUUAAUAUUAGAAGUCCACCGCUGUCUAUAGAGAAUAUUAAUAAUCUCACCGUCACCAAUGUCCAAAGGUCUCCUUUCUGCCACAAACUUCUGCUCUUUCAUCAGAUCUGCAACUUCUCCAGCGCUCCUGAGGGUCAGGUUACUGUUGACCUGACGGAGGGUCAGUUCAGUCACCGAGCUAUUGUCACAUUUGCUGCCUCAGUUCUUAUUUAUCCUUCAUGCAUCGAGAAGCUCAUCCUGAUGGACGUAAGUAAUGCAACGACAGUGGAUAAUGGAAGGGAUUGUCAAACAUGGCUGGAGGCAACUGGUGUACACUUCGCCAACAUCACCUCCGGUGUGUUGGACGUAACACUCACCUCCUGCAGCGUGGACCUGCUGGCACCUGACCGCACCCUCAGGGACGUGGACCUAGAGGGAAGCAAAGUAGCCAGAAUAUCUGGUGUUCAUUGGACAGGAUACACUGGAGUCUUCAAUAAUUCUCAGCUAGUGGAGGUGGGAGGUAUGCAGGCCGACAGUCGCAUGAUAAUGACCAAUUCCACAGUAGGAACCUUCCUCGAAGGUGGUCUCACCAUCGUAGCCGAGGGUAUUAUUUCCAACAGUACUAUCAAGCAAGUUAUGACUGACGGAAUCACCAUUAAAGGACUAUCACAUAUGCAAGACGUCACCUUCGGCACACUGGCCAAGGGUGCUAUUGUAGUCAAAGAUGGCCUAUUGUUGCUCUCCAAUGUGUCAAUCGGGACUGCAGAUGAGGGUAGCAUUGUAGCCAGCAAAAAUGGUGGCGUAUCUUUCCAAAACGUGACAGUAAGUGGCAAGACGGUCCACUGGCUCGGGUACCUGGCUGACCCUCUCUCACCCCUCAACCACUCCCUGGUACUUCUAAACAAACAUUAUAAUGAGAGUAAGGAAAGUAUUUCUGGCGAGACCAGUGCAAAACCACGAAAACAAGCCACCACCAUCACUACAACCACCACUACUAGUACUACUACCACUUCCACCACCGCACUCAAUAAGUCACCCCCAAAAGCUUCGUCAAUAGUCCUGACUCCAACAACGUUAUCCCGGGAUGAAGUUCAGAGCUCCGUCACCCCAGAUAUGCUUGUGGCGUCAUCAAGCUCCUCGUGGAAGUGGGCAGGAGCUGGAAUUGGAUUCUUCUUGGGGCUCCUGGUUGGAUGCUGCAUUUACAUCACCGUCAAGGUUGUUCAACCAAACAAGGGUCGACUAGUAAUACCUACAGUGUUCUGGAGAGUGAAAGAGGACAAUCAGGAGCUGCUACACGAGGAGCAAUGUGCCGCAGAGCUGCCCACCAUCAGAAAAGAUCAAGGAUAUCAUACUGUACCGGGUUCUGACGUCUUCUAGAGUGCCAUCAUUCAAGGCUCCAAGGUCUGCUAUUAUUAUUAUAUUAACAAGGAAGUGCUAAAACCACAGGGGUCAUAGAGCGCCUGGAAAAGGGGAGGUAAUCAGGUUUGAUGCGAUGAAGGGGAGGGUAACUCCAAUUCGUCAGAUCAAGAGCCUCCACCACCAUCAACAUACCCCCUUAAAGAGUAGAGACGUAUUAACCUAGUACUUUCAUCUGGCAUUCUAGUCGAAUAGGUCGUUAAUUAGCUGAGAUGCAAUCCUUGAUUAUCUUAUGUUCUCAAGUAUGUUGACCAAGUACUGGGAAUCAUCAGUCGUCCUGCACAUCGCGGACUUUAACUUAAUACCAAUCAUCUGUCAUGGCAGGCUUUGUUUAGUUAAAUAUCACCAGUAACUUAGUGUUUAAAGCUGAUGUGGAAGAUCUUAAUGACCACAUCUAAUGCAGUGUCAGUGACCAAGUAUUGACCGUGAAAUGUCUUUGCAUGUCAGUCCUGUUCCCCAGUUCUGAUAGCAUCCUCCUCAAGGGAGGUUCCUUGAUGCUGUUGAGGGGCUCUUGAUCUAGGGAAUUGGAUCUGUGCUCCAGUUCCCUGAACUGAGCCUGAAUGCCUUCCAUCCCCCCACAGGUGAUGUAUAAUCAUACGGGUUUAGCGCUCCCCCAUGAUUACAAUAAUAAUAAUAAUAAUACUAAUCUGAUAGCAUCCUUCCUUUGGAUGAAACCUGAUUAACAUCCCAAGGUAGAAUAAGUCUGCAUCCUUGGAUCAAGAGUCCCUCAUCAUAUUAUGUAGUGUCUCAUAUUAUUAAUAUUUAAUAGAAAUGUUAUGGAGACAUUUGGGUAUUUUUAAAAUGGUUGAUCCUAUAGUAUUUUAAAAUGUGUUUGUUAGGUUUAAGGCCUAUUGUGUAUAUGGGUCAUUGAGGCCAUAAUCAUCUUGUACACUACCAUAAUUAAUAUAUUAAUCCCUAAAAUAGGGAUUAUAUUGCAUUCAGUGUAUAUACACAUGCAAAACAAGCCACUAAGGGAUGAAAAAAAUGCAAGCUCUAGGCUUUUCUAACUUUUAUGAAUGCUUCUUCAGGAGCAUUGCAACAGCUUUUAAUCGCCUGUUUGCGAACUCAUUUUUUUUUUUUACACAGGGUUUAACAAGGUUAGGUUAAGGUUUUUAUCGCCUGUUUGCGAUCUCUCUCUCACACACAGACCAGGAGCUGAGUCUCGACCCUGCAACCACAAUUAGGCGAGUACACACAUACACACACACUCAAACAUACCACACACAACAGGUCAAGUGUCAGUCAACAAGUGCCUUUUAGCAAUUAGUAACUGCACACACACAGGGAUAUAUAAAACUCUUGGUGUAUAUACCCUGAUUUUUAAUAUCUGUAUCUGGAGGAAGGUUCCUAUAUAAAUCAUGUAUAGAGGUUAAGUCAUGCUCAUUUUGCUUGUUUAAUUCAACCAAUGGUGUCCAUGAAACAAUUUGAAAUAAAACAUGAAUGCGAAAA